AUUUAGCAAAGAGUGGGAGGGGCUUAAGAGGUAUAAAUACCGAAGCAAACCCACUCCUUGGACAGUCGAAAUCAUCUUCUCAUCAAAGUGAUUGCAGAAAGUCUCUUUUCAAACAUUUACUUUCGAAGUAAAUGUUAAAACAAUUUCUCGACUACUUUCAACACACUUUUCAAGAUGCAUUCGUUCUUUGUCAUCACUCUAGUUCUGUUUUCAUGUCUGUGUCUUGUUGGAGUCACCCAAGCGGCUGUUGUUUCAAAGGAAGGUACGCACGAUGAAGCUUUUGACCCUGAAAAUACUCUAGAUUCAGGCAAACUGACCCAGACAGAAGAGGACAAAAUCUCUGAUAUUAGAAAACAAGUAAUGUUCCUUCAGGAAUCCGUUGCUGAGAUCACGCGUUCCUUCUCAACUCUCGAACUCGUCGCGAAUAAUCCAUCAAUGAUGGCCAAGAUUCACACUUCUGACUCUCUCGAGACCGAGUUUGAGCUGGGAGAACCUGAAAAGACACGACGUCGAAGGGAACUCGACUCGCCAUCGGCUCUCCCGACAUCGUUCCCAUCAUCUGGCACCGAGCAGCCAAGCUUGGGUCAGAACCCAUCCGGACCAUACUCAUGGCCUUUGUAUUCCGGUCAAUGUUUUAUGUGUCCUGUUGGUGUUCCUGGUGUAAGCGGUCCUCCAGGCCCGCAGGGGGUUGCCGGAAGAGACGGCAGAGACGGACGGGAUGCACCGACAAGUCCUCAAGAAAUACCCAUCGACGAAACUCACCCAACUGAAUCCGGCGGCGAUGCGGUAGUGCGUCCAGUAGGUAACAUGACAAAUCUUCCUGGUGUCAUCUACAUUCGCUGGGGUAACGACGUAUGUCCUGAAGAUGCAGAACUCAUCUAUUCCGGUUCUAUUGGAGGUGCUUACUACGCUCACACUGGUAGCGGCUCAAAUUAUCUCUGUAUGCCGGACGAGCCUAUCUAUGACGAAGUAGAAACCUCCCCACAUGCUGACCGAGCCCUAAUAUACUCCUCUGAAUACGAGGUCAAUACUGCUCCUUCACGCAUGCAACCAAUGCAUGACCAUACUCCGACCUGUGCAGUCUGCAGGGCGCCCUCUGGUCACACCAGCAAACUUAUGAUUCCUGCCCGCAACGUUUGUCCUUCUCAAGAGUGGCGUUUAGAGUACGCUGGUUAUAUUAUGGCAGCGAAAUACACGCACCAAAAAACGGAAUUUGUGUGUGUGGACCGAGAGAUGGUUCCUAAAGCGGGGACCAGGGAUAGUCAGAAUGGUGCGCUGUUGUACAUGACAGAAGUCAGGUGUCUGGUGGGUGGGGGCUUGGAUUGUGGACCGUACAUGAAUGGUUACGAAAUUACUUGCGCUGUCUGUACUAUCUGAAGUCCUAUUAAUAAUUUCACUUCGUAUAGUUUGACACAGUUUGUAUAUCUUGUCAUGAUCUUUGAAAAUCUUAGAACAAUUUUUUGUCUAUACAUUGAUCAAAUGUACACUUUAGUUGCAUACAUAUUCCAGUGAGUACGAGUUAACCUUAGUUUUAUACACACAACAGUGAUCAACUGUAUGAUAAAAUAAGGCCUAGUUUGUCGAUGGUUUUCUUAAUCUUGUUAAUAAAUAGUGAAUUUCAUGAUAAAUUUUCUUUUCCUUCAGGAAAUAAUUAAUAAUUCUUUGGCUACUUUGAAUUUUCUGACUAAAGCUUAUAUUCAUUCUUACAGAAGUGUAAUACGAAACCAAAUGAUCGUUUAAUGUAUAUGUUAACAUAAAAAUUUACUUUAAUUGUACUACAUUAAACGGGCAUUGACUAUAUA